AUGCACUUCAUCUUCUGUAACUCUAAGCUGUCUAUUACUGGUCACCACACCGCCGCUCGUUUUGGCACUAUGCAUUUGAUAGCAGCGAAUCUAUGGACAUGGAUAAGAUAUGUCCUCAUGGAGGAAGGCGUCAUGGAGAGAGAAGUAAGGGAGGUAUUUCAUGCGAUUAAUAAUCGCACCGAACCUGCAAUCGAUGAGGAAUUGGUGGAUGCGUUUGGACAUCGGGAAGUCGAAUUCGUUAAAGGAUGCCGUGCUGCUGAAUGCAUCCUCGGUAGUCUCUCUGAAGUGAUGUUCACAGCGAUUGUGGAAUACUCAUUAAUAGCCGCUGCAGUGAUGUACAUUGUUUGGCGAAACAUUGGAAAAGCAGGACAU